AGGAGAGAGAGUUGGGCCUGAUUUGAGGCUGACGUGGCCACCGAGGACCUCACACGAUGGUCAUUUAUCGUGUCUUGAUUCCUCUCCCACCCAAGUAGGGAAGGACCCAGACCCAUCAUGAUGAUGACUCCCCAGCAGCUGAGGAGCCACGUCCGCACCCUCUGCCCCUUCGCCAACCCCCACUCAGCCCCCGUCCCCCCCUACCCCGUCGCUUCGGCCUUCUGCCACAGCAUCAGGCUGCCCCAGUGGACUCAGAAGACACAGACGCGCCCGUUCUGCGGCGGCACCUGGCACACCGCCGCGCGGCUGUCGAGAGGCAAGGUGGACGACUAUGUCAGCCGGCGCGACACGUACGACCCCUACUGGGGCAAUGAGAGCCGGCAUCUGCUGCGGGCGAGUGACCAUGUGUGGCGGGGCGAGGGCGAGGUCGAUAUGGAGGACUUUGGGAGCGGCAGUGGGAGUGGGAGUGGCGGUGGGAGCAAUGGCGCUGUGACGGAGCGGGGAGGCGGCGGUGUGGUCGGCGGUUGGGGCGGUGGAGGCUCUUCUCACUUCCCCAGUGCGCGCCAGCUCAAGUAUCAUUUUCUGAACGCGGCGGUGCCUAUGGUUGGGUUUGGGUGGAUGGACAACACCGUCAUGAUACAGGCGGGCGAGAUGGUGGACACCACCAUCGGAGGUAGGUAGGCUAGAUAGGCUCGGGAGAUGGUCAGGAGAGCUACAUAUAGACCACAAUCGAGCCAGUCAAUGGUCAUGUGUGUCGUGUCGUUGGUGCGUUUGUGUGCCCGUCACGUACUGCAGUGACAUUUGGUUUGAGCACCCUGACUGCGGCGGCCUUCGGGCAAGUCUUCUCAGACGUCAGCGGGGUGUGCUUCGGAGGGACCGUCGAAGCUAUCGCCAAGUGAGUAUACAGAACCACAUACACAUACACACACACACACACACACACGCCACGCCCUCCAGACACACACGCCUGUGUGUGUUCGUGGCUGGAAUGAGCAGCAAGUUGGGAUUGCCCCAGCCCAACUUCACCGAGGAGCAGCGGGGCUCGGGGGCAGUGCGGCUUAUCGGCACCGUCGGCAGGGCCGUCGGAGUCGUUGUUGGUACGCCCCGAACACACACACAUACACGCCCAACAAACUGCACCGCAACCACCUCAUUGGUCCAUCCAUAUGCGUGUGGAUUGGGUGUGUUGUGUCAUCAUACUCGUGUGCUGUGCUGUGCUGUGCUGUGCUGUGCAGGCUGUGUGAUGGGCAUGACGAGUCUGUUGUUCAUGGACUUGGAGAAGACGGAGCUCUUGAAGCGGCAGGCCGAGCUAGAGACCAUCUUCUCGACCGUCAUCAAGAGCGCCGAGCGGCUCAUCAAAGCCAACUGCGUCCUCUACCUCAGGGGUACGCGCCCACCCACACACACACAUACACAUACGUGGUUGAGACGGGCGCAAUCAUCCCUGUCCAAUCAUGGCAGAUGAGCUGAACCAGGUCUGGAUAGAGUAUCGCCCAGUGGUUCGGCCCAGCAACGCUACAGCAGCUAGCAGCAGCGGCAGCAAGACCCCCCUCGCACAGUCCCAAUCCCUCCCCCUCUCCCCCUCCACCGCCACGUCAGAAGACAUCCCCCCGGCCCCCUCGCCCUUUCUGGCUCUGAGCCUGCCCCCGUUCCCCCUCCCCUCGUUGAGGUGGUUCUCCCUCUCGUCGCUGUUUCCCUUCUCUCGGUCGAGCUACUCGCAGAGCGCGGCGUCGGUCGAGCAGUCAUCUGACGGCAAGAGGGAGAGUGCUGCUGGUGGUGGUGGUGGGACGGGCAUCCUUGGUUGGCGGGGUGAGGGGCGGAGCAAGAAGAAGGGCGCGGAGGGGCCGCGGCAGAUACCAUUUGUCGACACGGAGGGAGGGGUCAUUGAGUACACCUAUCAGCAGAAAAAGGUGGGCUGUAUAAAGCACAUGGAUGGAUGGAUGUGUGUGUGUGUGUGUGUGUGUGUGCAGCCUGUGAUCAUCGGCCAGAAGCGUUGGACCAAGGAGAGGAGGUUCCAGCUGGAGAGCUCCAUCAAGUCGCUCCUCUGCUACCCCGUGUUCGACGACGCCGACCCGUCCAAAGUCAUCGGCGUGAUACAGUUCAGCAACAAGCGCAACACAGACACCGGAGAGACCAUCAAUUUCAAGCGGUACGCAAGGCAAUGCAGGCAGGGAGAGAGGGAUCGGUGUGGAUGGAAUGUGUGUGUGUAUGCGUGUGUGUGUGUGUGUGUGCAGGGACGACGAGAAGCUGGCCAAAAUGUUGAGUGAGCAUCUGUCGCUCUAUGUCGCUCUAGCCACACACCACCAACACACCGUAAGCACACACACACACACACACAUCCAGGAAGACCUCUCCCUCCCUCCCUCCCUCCCCCACACCACACACUCACACCAUGCCAUGUGUGUCCUCACUUGAACGAACAGGAAACCGACGAGCGCACCGACCCGAUCAUCAACGAAGCCUGGGUGACCCCUCUCGAGGACAACCUCUUCCGCGACCCAUUCUCCUCACCCACAGCAGUCGAUGCACGCGUGGCCCUCUCUGUCUCAUCCCCCGCUGCGCCCCCCUCCCCGUCAGCGGCCACAGCCGCCACCAAGGAGGCCGUCAAGGAGCUGUCGACCAAGGUGACACAGAAGACGCGGGAGCUGAUGAACAGUGUCAAGGAGAAGGUGCGCCUGCCGGCCAGUGACCUCUCCCACCCGCCGCCCAUGUCCGACGGCCCGUGUGUGAUGCUCUCUCUGGGGUCGGACAGCAGCAGGAGCAGCACCAGCACCACCACCAGCGGCAGCACGACCACGAGCGUGAGCCCCGUUUCCUCUAGUGCUGCUCACGCUGGCAGUGGUGCUGCUGGUGGUGGUGGUCAUGACGGCCAUGCGGGUUCGUUGCUGGCUGCUGCCACCACUUCUGAGGGCAUGGUUGACCACAGCCACAACCAAGAGGGCGCGAAGGGACACGAUGCGUGUGAUGCGGCGGGGAGCGGAGGAGGGGCCGAACGGAAGUCGGGCGAAGACUAGCUGGCUUGAUUGGAUGAGGGAGGGAGGAGUGGCGGGGUGGUGGGUGGAUGGAUGGAUGGAUGUGUGUGCGUGGUGCCCUAGUUGACGUGUCUGCCUGCCUGCCUGCCUGCCUCCCUGCCUGUGAGAGUGUGUUCUUCUCUUCUGCUGUGUGGUGUAUGUUAUGUAACUCUCUCUCUCUUCUUAUCUCUCUGCAUAGCUAUACCUGCCUGCCUAACGUCAGUAACAUAUACAGGUGUCUGUGUGUGUGUGUGUGUGUGUGUACGGCCCCGUAACAUACUCUUCCUUCCUGGCUUCAUUCCGUCCCUUCAUGUGUGCAGCAAGAAUUGGUGCCUGCCACCAGGGCGCGGCGCCCCAGCCAGCCCGUCGCUGUCUAUUACUCCCCUCCCCUCCUCCCUCCCUCCCUCCCUCCCUCUUGUCUCAUAGUCACCCGAAUGCCCCUGACACAGUGAUGGUUGGCCGGUGGGGGGGUGGGUGGGUGGGUGGGUGAGAGACAGAGUGAGAGAGAGGGUGCCUUCGUGCAUUCUUGGUUUGUUGGUUCGUUCGUUCCUUCAUUCAUACCAUUCCCCGUGUGCAGGUGAGUGAGUGAGUGGGUGGGUGCGUGAGCAGAUACAAUGACCGACCGACCGACCGACCGACCUGCCGUCUUGCUGUCCUGACUGACACACGCACACAUGGAUGGAUGGAUGGAUGUAGGGAUGGACACACACGCAGGGUUGAUUUUGACCUACCUUCAUGUCUGUGUGUGUGACGAUCUAUCUAUCUAUCUUCCUUCCGCCCGCGCUAUAGUCACACACACACACACACACGCACACCCUCACAUCACACAACACACACGAUCAGUUUUGUCGCCCAUCCAUCCACCCACCUACGCGAUUCUCUCUCUCCAUCUGUAUGUCUGUGUGUCUGCCUGUAGCUUUACGUCCGUCCUGCGAUCGAUCAGGGCCUGGCCUGAUCUGGGCGAGGGGGCUCCCGGCCUCUUUAUCGGUUGGUUGCUAUGUGUGUGUGGACGUGUGUCUCACCAUCUCACUCACUCACUCAUCCACCCGUUUCUCGUGCCGCUAGCUAUGCUGUGAAGGGCUCCAUCAAGUGGGGCGCAAUGGGCACUGCAACGCACUGCAAGCGAGCCACUCCAUCUUUUUAAAGGCUAUGAUUGCAUGCUUGAUUACCGGACCGGGCCACAGAGAGAGAGGAGUGUGUUUGUGGGGUGGGGAGAGAGGCUCCUGUCUCGCAGGGAGGGAGGGAGGGUUGGGGAGCAUUCGUGGGUGUUUCUGCUGACGCGCACUCCAUCCAUCCACUCACCAUUCGCCACACACACGCUCACACAGAGACAUUAGCGGCCAUUCGCCAAGCACAAAAUGCGUCCUCACGCUCUCACUGCUGCUUCCCAUUCAUUGACUCGCCUGCCUUACCUGCCCAUGCCAGCCAGCCAGCCAGCCAGCCAUUUUCUGCCCCUUGUUGUCUCUCUGUCUGUCUAGCUAUACAUCUCAAGUGUCUCUGUCUGCCUCAUUGUCUGACUGUCUGUCUGUCUGUCUGCCACGGGGGGGCACCUCUUUUUCUCUUUAUGAGAGGGAGCGCAGGGAGCGAUCUGGUGCAAUACGUAUAUCUGAUGAUGGUGGCGAACACGGCAACGCCCGGCCUGUCUACAAACCUGUUUGACAUGAGUGCGUGUGUGUGUGUGUGUGCGAGUGACAAUCCAUCCAUCCAUCCAUCCACCGUGUGUUGGCUGCCAGCUGUUUGAUGGUGUGACGACUGACUGACUCACUGACUGACUGACGAGCACAGAACGAUCAAGUUUUGCGCGGUUUUGGCGAGGACAUGACAUGACAUCACAUGCAGGGUUGCGGUGCAUUCUAUGGGGGUGGGAGCGGGCGGAGCGUGGCGCGGUGUGGACAUGGCUGGCAUAUGACUGACAGGCAUGGCAUGCAAGGGGUGAGACCUAUCUACCUCCCUCCAAAGCUCGUUUUGAAACACCAACUUUCUGUCCAG